UUUCCUCAAUGCUGCAUAAAUAGCGGGCGCAGCUACGAGCGCCACACAGUUCUAAUUCGCUACUGAGGUAUGCAGUUUGGAGCAUUCCAAUUAAAUUAAAAACGAAAAUGUUGACCAGUGAAUAUUGCAACUCUGAUUUCUCGUAUUACCCUGCUACAUUGCACGAAUAUGAGGACCAAUCUGAACGAAGUGAAUAUAACCCAAUAAAGAUUAGUGAAAAUAUGGAAGAGUUUGCGGCUUUGUACGGCUUGGAAUUCAGCAGCAGUAGUCCCUCAUUGUCAUCGUCGUCAUCUAUAGAAAGUCAACCGGAUGUAGCGGAUUGCAAUUUCGAUGAGAAUUUUGCAAACACCUACGAUUUUGAUUACACAAUUGAAAGUACGCAACGUAUCACUGGCAUCAGCGAAAAUUCUAAAUUCCGUUCAAUUCCAAAAUUGCAAAAUUCACUGAAGUGCAAUCAACCGCUAAGCAGCAACGAUUCUUGCACACCAACAACGGCGGAAAAGUGGAAGAAUCGAAACGUACAGUGCAAGACGAUGCACAGAAUUGGUCUCCUGUCGCAUAAGCCACCAACUCAGCUCCAUUUCCAUAAAAUGUCUGCCAUGUCAGCGAAUACGCCCAGCUGUGCCACACAGGAGGUCCUGCGAAAGCGCCGACUUGCCGCUAAUGCACGCGAACGGCGCCGCAUGAAUAGUUUGAAUGACGCUUUUGAUAAGCUGCGCGAUGUAGUGCCAUCACUGGGCAAUGAUCGUCGCCUUUCGAAAUUUGAAACGCUGCAAAUGGCUCAAGCCUACAUUGGGGAUUUGGUUAAGCUGCUAACGCGUGAUUAUUAAAUUUUUAUUUUAAGAGAGUGGGAGAGAGAGAAACAUUUUUUAAAUAAUAUUGUAAAUGUGUACAUAAGUAUGUAAAUUAGAUUUUAGAUAUUUAUUUAUCUUACGAAUUAAAAAGCUUCGCAACGAGACUACGUGAUUGAAUAAGAGUUUUUUGAAAUUAAAUUUGUGUUUUUAAAUAACAUGAAUUUUUCAGUGAAAGCUAAGUUAAUAAACUUAUGAACAUGCAUUGAGUCAAAAAAAUUUUGUCACAUUGAAAGUUUUUUAAAUAUUCCCAUUUUUUCAUGCCAAUGUUUUUCUUUAAUUUUGUACAAAAAUAUAGUUAUACCACAAUCGCAUAUUAGGGGUUAGGAGUAGUCAGAGGCCCGAAAAAUGACGAUUUUCAAUAAUUUUUUUUGCUAGUCAAUUGCUUUAUUUUACAAAAAUAAAAACAUAGCAUUAACACAUCA